GUAUUAUUUGCCUCUACCUAACGCGUUGGUGUCGGCCAUGUGACAUUCACAAUUAGCCUAGUUUAACUCUAUCCCAUUCCCAUAUUGCUCCACCUCUGCCUAGCUAUAAAUUCACAAUAAAACUUCAGGAGAGAUACACCUCAAAUCUACAUCUCGUUUCUAAAACACUCUUUUCGUUGCCUUGAGCUCUGAAGAUAUGGCAGAAUCUCUGCUCACUUUUGCUGCCGAGGGAGUACUGACCAAGGUGACUUCGCUUGCUGCUCAAGAAUUCAGUCUUGUAUUGGGUUUCAAAGAAGAUCUGGCACAGCUGCGGGACUCAUUCCUCAAGAUUCAAGCUAUGCUAAGAGAUGUCGACCAUUCCCAAGUUCGAGGGGAGGCUGUGGAAAUGUGGGUGAAGGAUCUUGAAGACAUAGCUAACGAAGCCGAUGAUGUCUUAGAUGAAAUUGGGUAUGAAGUUCUCCGACGCAAAGUAGAACUCCGAGACCAGAUGAAGAAAAAGGUGAAAAAUUUCUUGUCCCACUCCAAUCCCAUUGCCUUUCGCUUACAAAUGGCACAUAAAAUCAAGAAAAUCAACACAUCUUUGAUGAAAUUAUUCAAUGAGGCAGCUGGCCCUGUUGGGUUAGUUGCUAGGACAUUAGCAGAUGCAACCUCUCAAGAUAUUGAAGUACUUGAUAGGGAGACCGUCUCCAGCUUUGAUAGCGAUGAGAAGCUCAUAAUUGGAAGAGAGGAGGUCGCGUCAGAGAUGGUCAAAACCUUACUCAAGUCACACUAUAAUGAAGAAAAUUAUCUUCCAGUUUUGGCUAUCGUUGGAAUGCCAGGUCUAGGCAAGACAACUUUAGCUAAAUCAAUAUAUAAUGAAUCUAAGAUUGAUAGCCACUUCCAUGAAAAAAUAUGGUUGUGUGUAUCCACCCCCUUUGAUGUCAAGACGAUCUUAAGGGGGAUCUUGGAAACUCUGAGACCAGAGAAAGCAGCAGUACAAAGUAAGGACGCGAUUUGUAAAUUCAUUCGAGAAGAGGUAAAAGGGAAAAGAUACCUUCUCAUACUGGAUGAUGUUUGGAACGAAGAUUCUGAAAAAUGGAAGGAGUUGAGGAGUUGUUUGUUAACAAUUAAUGAUACUCAAGGAAGCAGCAUCAUUGUCACUACCCGUAGUGACCGAGUUGCAAAAGUCAUGGAAACUCUUCCCAGAUGUGAUUUAAGAAAACUAUCAGAUGAUGAAUGCUGGCUCAUAAUGAAGGAUAAAGCCAUUCCUAUUGGGAGUCCUCCUAUGUCUAAAGAGCAGGAGACAAUUGGUAGAGAGAUCGCUAAAAGAUGUGGAGGUGUACCUCUAGUGUCAAAGGUUUUGGGAGAUGUGAUGCGCUCUAAAACAAGUGAUGAAUGGCGAUCAAUUUUAAAAAGUAAAACAUGGGAUUCACCAGAAGGAGAAAAGAGAAUUUUUUCAAUUUUGAAGUUGAGUUUUGAUGAAUUGAAAUCUCCAUCCUUGAAACAAUGUUUUGCUUAUUGCUCGAUGUUCUUCAAAGAUUUUGAUAUUGAAAAGGAUGACUUGAUCCAACUUUGGAUGGCUCAGGGAUGGCUUCACCCUUGUUCUGACAAAAGCCUAGAGAUGGAGGAGAGAGGUAAUGAAUAUUUUAAAAUCCUAUUGGCGAAGUCUUUUUUUCAAGAUGUUACAAAGGAUUAUGGUGGUAAUGUUACCAAAUGUAAGAUGCACGAUCUUGUGCAUGAUCUUGCAGAACAUGUAUCAAAAUCAAGGAACUUACGGUCACUUUUUUCAAAUGGUGAAGUCCUUGGGAGCAACUUACUUAGCUUCAAAUCUUUACGUGUGUUAAAUUUUUACAAAGCAGACAUUGUGGAGUUGCCAAUUUCAAUUGGGAAGUUGAAACACUUGAGGUAUUUGAAUGUUUUGAAAACAAGAAUCAAAACAUUUCCCAAAUCAAUUGGUCAGCUUUAUAACUUGCAAACAUUGAAAAUACCUUAUCAGCUUGAAGAAUUUCCAGGGGAAGUUGCAAAUUUGAUCAACUUGCGGCACAUUUAUUUUGGUAGAUAUAUGAAAGUUCCAGGUGGGAUAUUGAGACGGUUGACUAAUCUCCGGUCAUUACCUUUUCUCAAGGUGGGUAACAAGACAGGUCCUGGAAUUGAGGAAUUGGGUUGUUUAAACCAGUUGCAUGACACCUUGUCUAUAUAUGGACUGGAAAAUGUAGGAGAUGGAGAAGAAGCUUCGAAAGCAAACUUGGUCGAGAAGAAACAAAUAUGCAAGUUAAUCCUUGAUUGGAAGCUUAGUAGGCCAAGCCACAAUGUGGAGAAUGACGAUGAUGUACUAGAAGGCCUCCGACCACAUUCUAGUUUGGAAUUUUUGGAGAUUCAGAGAUUCAUGGGUGUUAAAUUUCCAUCAUGGUUAUUCCUAGCCAACCAUUUGAAAAAAAUUGAAUUAUCGGGCUGCAACAAAUGUGAAGGAGUCCCAGUACUCGGGCAUUUACCCAAUCUUAGUUGUGUUAAGAUUAUGAGAAUGGAGAACCUAACUCGUAUAGGAUCUGAGUUUUAUGGUGAUGACCAUGUUAACCGUGGAAAUGGAUCGAGUAAGGAGGCGCAGCCUUUGUUCCCUGCUUUGAAAACAUUGCAUAUUGAGUGGGCCCAGAACCUGAUCGAGUGGAUGGAAGCGCCAACAGAAGGAGCAACUACAGUGUUUCCAUGUCUCGAGGAGCUGACCUUGAUUGGCUGUAACAAACUGACAAGUGCUCCCAGUCAUUUUCCAUCUCUCAAGAAGUUGGUGAUAGACUGGAUGGAUAGCGGAGGCAUGCCAAUAGCAAGUAUUCUAAGCAAUAAACUCACCUCUCUCACUCAUCUCAGGUUAUUGGAAGUAGGGGGACUUACUUGUCUGCCGGAAGGGAUGUUAGAAAACAACAAGAAUCUUGCACAUUUAGAAAUAACUCAGUGUUCAGAGUUGACUUGUAUUUCUCCCCAAUCACAAGGAUUUGAGUACUGCUGCGCAUCUCUUUCAUAUUUGCGGAUAUGGAUUUGUCAGAAUCUCAGAUAUUUACCUGAUGGGCUACUCACUCCUUCUCUUAAAGAGAUGACGUUGUAUUAUUGUCCCAAUCUAGAGUACAUCCCAGAUGCUACACACGGUGGUCUCACAUCCCUUGAAGCAUUGUGUGUGACAAUGUGCUAUAAAAUAACUUCCAUUCCAUUUUCACAAGGCCUCCCAUCUCUUGGUAUGUUAAGGAUAAGCCAAUGUCCUGAAUUAUCAAGCCUACCGGGUGGACUAGAAUACUGUACCUCCAUUCGGAGUUUGUCAAUAACAAGCUGCCCUAAGGUACCAUCCAUUUCAAUCGAAAGUCUGAGUACAUCCCUCGAAGAGUUGUGUGUAAGUGAUCUAGACUCUCUUCCAAUUUCACGAGCAGGCUUCACAUCACUCCUUGAAUUGUCAAUCAUAUAUUGCGAAAGCGUCCAAAUUGGGCCAGAAUUUAGUGCCUGUCUUCAAACCCUCGUCUCUCUUCAAAAAUUGACGAUGAGGUUUUGCGAAAAUCUAGAGACUAUUCCAAGUUCAGACAAGCUCACAUCCCUCCGCAGCUUGGAGAUUAGAGGGUGUAAUAAAUUAACAUGUCUACCGAAUGGUUUAGCAGCAUCGUCACAGUCCUGCAGCCUCACCCGUUUGAAGGAAUUGACAAUUGGUGAUUUCUGCGAGGAGCUCGAUGAAUUCCCAGCUUUUCAGGCUAUACCACAACUUGAAUCAUUAACCAUCUGGGGGUGGCCUCAGCUCAAGUCUCUCCCUGAACAAAUUCAACACUUGCCUUCUUUAAGGCAUUUGGAAAUAACAUGGUUUCACGGAGUGGAGGCUAUUCCAGAGUGGUUGGGAAACCUUGCAUCUCUUGAGGACCUGACUAUUGAGUGUUUCCCGAGUCUAAAGUAUCUACCUUCUGUGGAAGCAAUGCAACGCCUCACCAAAUUGAAAGAGAUAGACAUCUCCCGCUGUCCCCUUCUAGAAGAAAGAUGCACGGAGGAGAGCGGCCCAGAGUGGCCAAAGAUUCGUCAUCUUCCAUUCAUCCGCUUUGGGGCUACAAGAAUCGAGAAUUGACCAACGCAGAGCACAAAUAAUUCCUAGCUAAUUGCUUAAAGUGCCCACAUUGAGGCAAAUAAGUAUGUUGUUUCUGCAGGAGCAUCUAAUUUGUUUUCGGCAAACAAUGUCUGGAGGUUUUCACUGAAUUGGAGGAAUACAUGUUGUGCCAUCAGAGUCCUGACUUGUUUGAUUUGCAGGCUUUCCGAAACACCUGAUGAGGAGUAGUUGAGUUGGCUAACUGGUAGGCCUUUCAUGCUAUCUCCCAAGGUUCCCUUUCAUCAAAAGAACCUUUCAGUUUGUUCCUCUGAAUUGUUCUCCAAACCAGUGGUGUAACAUUAUUUGGCCAACUCUGUUUUUCUUAGAGAAAUCAUUGUUACCGUGGAAGCUGUUGCAUAAAAAAUCUCUUAACAGAUUGCAGUGUACAGCAAGAUUUGGGGCACAAGGUUUUCGUCAUUAUUGUCUCUGUUGUACUAAAAGCAAUUUAUAGCAAUCAAAUCUGACAUCUUUGCCUAGCAACAGUGUGUGAUGUCUGGUGGAUGACAGAAACACACAAAUGGUGAAGCAGGUGCUCUGUUGUACUUGAGAAGUCAUGUAACUAUAAGCAGUCAUUUGGUGCAACCAAAGCACUCUCAGAGCCAAAAAAAAAUUCAUAGGUGAAUUUUGAAAGAGCUUUUACAGCUGUCUGUAAGUUAUAAGUUAUUUGAUUCUUAAGAUAUCUAUGUCACAAAGCUGCCAUCUUCAGUUUCUGAAGCUUAUGCAGAUCCCUGUCACUGGUCAUAUGAGGCAUCAAUUAGAUAAAAAUUUGUAUUUCUUUCUUUUCUUUCUCUUACAUUGAUUAGUUCAUUGACACACACAGAAGGAGGGUCUGCGGAGGAUUACAUGGAUUUACAUUAUUAAGCACUUUGCAAUCCUUUAACUUCAUGAAGUUCCGCACCAAGGCAAGGUUUCCUGUCAGCAAAAGAAGCUUUCAGUUUGUUCCUCCGAAUUGUCCUCCAAAGUGGUGGUGUAAGAUUAUUGGGGUUAACUCUGUUUUACUAAACCCUUUUAAAAUCAUUACUAGCUUGGAAGGUGCUGAAUUGAAAACUCUUAAUGGCUUUCACAAUACAGCAAGCCAAGGUUUUCUCCUUUUAUUGUCAGUAUUGCGGAUUUGGUUCCAAAGUAACUGUUAGCCAUCUGAUCUGAGAUGUUUGGAUGAUAAUCAUGAUAUGAGAUGGCUUUCAAAUUUUAGUCUCAGAUGGUGCUGGUCUCUUCAGUGCCAGCCAAGCUGAGAUGUUCCACUAGAGUUGGGAGUACGUACGGAUGCCAUUAUUGUUCGAAUUACUUGGCUAAAGUUUGGAAACAGGCUCAUUGUCCUCGUUGAUACUUCUGCCCACGCAGAACAACCAAUCAGGAGUGGACACGUAGACAACAUGCUCCACGUCAGCUCGGAGAACUUAUCAAGGAGCCUCUUUUUUUUUGUCUGAUAUCAAGGAGCCUCAGAUUCACUCAUGAUGAGACGUCUGCCCAUGCCUUGAGCUACUCACACAUUAAAGGAUCUUCAAUUCCAUGCCUUAUGGGACAAUGUUUCAUCAUUCUCCAUUCAGUUGCACUCUUUAUACAGCUAAACCAUCAUAUGGUGUAAUUAACCAUAUUUAUUCGACCCUAGUGAAACCACCAGCAAACAACCUUGAUGUAGCCCUAAACUCUGACUGAGUUUUGGGUGAACAAUCAUUGGGUCUGAUUGUCUUUUAUCAGUUUAUGUACAAUUUAUAUUUUUGGGACCUUUCUUCAACAUCAACGUAGUAAUUCUUCAUUGGCAUAAUGAACAUUGCACAUACUAUCUCACAUAUUCACAUACUGCCAAGCAUGAGCAACGACCCCUCUCUGUUUAAGAACGGUACAUAGUAAUUCUCAUGUUGUUGAAGGUGAAAGCAAUUGCAUCAAUUUCAUUGGACUGCACCAACUACAAGGACCUCAACCGUUAAACAACCUCUUAUCAGUUCUGGCCU